AUCGACCCCACCUCUCGCCCUGGGGAAACCCAUGAAACCCUAGCUCCGGCAGCAUCAGAUGGGCCCCGCCGGCCUCAUCGACGCCCGCCUCCCGGACGAGCUGCUCGCGGAGGUGUUCCGCCACGUCGCCGCCGGCGGCGGCGGGGCGGCCAAGGCCGACCUCGACAGUUGCGCGCUCGUGUCCCGCCGCUGGUGCGCCGUCGAGCGCGCGUCCCGGCGCGCCGCGAGGGUCCCCGUCGAUGGGCGCGACGGCGAGGCCGACGUCGUCGCCCGCUGCGUCGCCGGGCUGUUCCCCGGGCUCGCCCGUGUCUCCCUCGACAAUGGCGUCUACAUCGCCGCAGACGCCUCCGCGGCCGCGGCGCACCGAAGUAGGGCAGAGGGUUGGGAUAGCGAAAACCCCAGGUCAGAUGAGCACAACCAGUGUUCCGCACCGAGCGUAGAUAUGCAAGAAGAUGACAGUGAUGAUUUCCACCCAACCUCAUUGACUGAUGCUGGGUUAAUUCAUCUCAUUGAGGGUUGCAAAAGGCUUGAAAAGCUGACUCUAAACUGGUUUUCGCACAUAUCUGAAAGGGGGCUGCUGGGAAUUGCUAAUGGUUGCUGGAAUCUGCAGUCAUUGGCACUUACGGGUGGUUAUGUUCCAAAUCAUGUGUUGAUUGCUCUUGCGGAGGGAUGCAAUCUUAAGGAAUUAAAGCUGUGUGCUGUUGAAGAGUUGACAGAUGAAGGAUUAGUUGAAUUUGUGAAGAUUCGUGGUAAAUCAUUGGUCUCUCUUGAUAUCUCUAUCUGCAAUGAUUGCGUAACAGACAGAUCCCUGGAUGCUAUUGGAACCUACUGCCAUAAGUUGGAAGUUCUAUCUGUGGAGUCCAAGGAUGUUAAAGAAAACAAAGGACUCAUGUCUGUUGCAAAAGGAUGCCAAUCAUUGAAAUCUUUAAAGAUGUUAGGGCUUGGUGUUGGAGAUGCAGCUUUAGAAGCUAUCGGUUCAUUUUGUUCUGCAUUAGAAACUCUAUUUCUUGACAGGCUUGAUAAAUGCUCAGACAGGAGUCUUUUUUCCAUAGCAAAUGGGUGCAAGCAGCUAAAAAGCCUAAUUAUCAAAUCAUCGGACAAAUUCACGGACAAAAGUAUUGAACUUGUUUCCCGGAACUGUAAACUGCUCCAACACAUGGAAAUCAAUGGGUGCCAUAAAGUGCAAACUGCUGCAUUGGAGCAUAUUGGACAACUAUGCACGAAUCUUCUGGGGCUCACUCUAAGUCGUCUGUUGAUUGAGAGUAAUGCAUUUCUCGGAUUUGGUCAGCGUUGCUUCCUUCUCAAGUCUAUCUAUUUGGACAUGUGUUAUGAAAUAAGUGAUGAGGCCAUAUGUCACAUAGCUCAAGGUUGUAAGAACCUGAGAGAGCUUUCUAUCAUCCGUUGUUAUGAGAUUGGGGAUCAAGCAAUAAUAUCAGUAGGUGAGAAUUGUAAAGAGCUUAGAGAAUUGGCCCUCCAUUGUCUUGUGAGGUUAACUGAUGCAGGGCUUGCUGCAGUUAGUCAAUGCAGUUUCCUUCAGAAGUUGGUUAUAUUUGCUUGCGAACAAAUCACUGAUGACGGACUUACUUCCAUUAUAAGAGAGUGCCAUGAUCUAGUCCAUCUGGGUAUAAGUGAUACCAAGAAAAUGGGUGACACCACACUAGCAAAGGUUGGUGAAGGCUUUCCCAAACUGAAACAUCUCGUGAUGCUUCGCUGUCAUGCGAUUAGCGACAUUGGACUAGCACAUAUUGCCAGAGGAUGCUUGCAGCUGAAGGUGUGUGUGGUGUUCCAGUGCUCUCAGGUUACUCCAGCAGGCUUGGCAACCCUGGCUGAGGGCAGCUCCAGGUUGCAGAGGCUCGUUGUUGAGAAGGGCAAGGUGCCCGAGGAGGCCAUAGAGAAAUGCAGAAUGAUCAAUGGUCGGCUCGUCAUUCUUAAUGGUAGAUAUGAAAUCGACGUUUUUGGGGAGCAUUGUGAAGAAAAUCUUUUGCUUGUUUGAGUUCACAUACAUGUAAAAUGUCAGAACGUUUUAAACAAGGGCAUGGUGCCAUGGUGGAUUGGUUGAAUUGGUGGUUUUUACUGUUGGGAUGUUUCAUGUAGUGGGCAAGGCCAACUUGGUAUACCCUUAAUUAAUGUUGUUAUUUCCUGAAAUUUCUGGUCUAGUAAUAAGCAUCUCAGGUUGAAUUUUGUGG